AUGCUGUUUAGACAAAAGGAAAAGGUUCCUGAUCUUGGAAGAGACAACUUUCGUGAUUUCAUGAGAAGAGAAGGAGAUUCUUGUUUGGAAACUCAGAUGAAGCUCUCGACAUUUGUACACAAAACUGUUCCUAAUGAAUAAACCAAAUCUUAAUUAAGUCCACUUCCAUUAGCCUUGGAUGGUUCAUUAAAAAUGACAGGCAAUACAUGGGAUGCCUAACAUUUAGGAACUUUCCUUUAAAAAAGUUAAUUUGCUUCUGUUGGUGGAAACUCUCUCAAAAAUACUGAACCCUUUUAGAACAGCAUGAAGAACUAAAGCUUCUUCUUUAGAAGUUAACAACCUCGAAUUAUAGAUGACCAUGUUGAUUAUCUACAUUAACAUACAAUCAAUCAUAUCAUAAGUGAUCAUCCAAUGAUGAAAAGCGGAAGUAAAUAUUUACAGAAGAAACUCCUCUCCGUACCUGAUAAACCAUUUGACGAAUCUAAACUUAAUUACAUAACUGAAGUAGGAUUAAAAAAACCCAAAGAACAAUUUCAAGAAAUGCUAGUCACCAAAGAAAAUCAAUUGAAAUUUCAUUAAUGGAGAUCAGAAUUUCAGGAUGUCAAUCGAGCAUUUAAGAAAGCCAAACAAUGCUUUAAAAGUGGAUUGUAUGGAUUGGAUAGUCCAUUCAAUGACAAUACUGAACUAUAUAAGGAAGAAAAUGCAAAAUUGAGAGGAUUGGAAUAACAGAGUGUGAGGAGCUCAUUGUAGAGAUAUAAAUCACUUGAACGAUUUAAUUCCAGCAAUCCCUCUAUUGAAUUCAAUAAUGUAGCCCAUCAACCCAUCAGUUCUAAAUAAAAAGAUCCAUUAUUAGCAAAGAGCAGUUUCCCUUCACAAAACUUUGAAUUCCACGAUUAAUGGAUGAAGAGAAAAUAGAUCGAAUAAUAGAUAGAUACCAAAAAUAGACUAUUUGGAGAAACAUCUCAAAACAAGGCCAACCCCCAGAGAUGUGUCUUUUUGAGAGAACAGGAAGUUAGAGGGAGAAACUAUAACCCUGUCAACCUAACUAGAAGUGUAAUUGGUUGA